AAUCUCAGGGAUGCUGUUGCUUCAGUUCUGCUUAUAUGCGUUGUGGGGUAAAAUAGCAGCACAGUAUAGUCAUGACCUCAGACUUCUGUUUAGACGACUCUUUUUGGGAUCCUAGCCUUUAUAAAUGCGAGCGAUGUGAGACUAGGUUUAGGAUUAUAAAGGGGUUCGAAUUCAGUCCAAACUGCGGACUGAGCGAUAGGGGAGACCAGCUCAAAAGACAGUACAAAAAAUGCAGCGGCGGAUCGUUUAAUAACGGAUCUUUCAUUAAUUGCCAGAAAUGCGGGUUUUGCGCACCGCCAUUGUUGGCUGCUUCUGCUUGCAGCGCCGAAUCUGAUGCCGUCUGCUGCAGUGAAGGGAAGCAGGUUUUACAUGGAGGCUGCAUUGAUCCAGAAGUGAAGACUACAGUGAUAACGACUAGUAGUGGACCUUUUACGACAACAGCCUCUGUGACUGAUCCAACCAUCACUGUUGUCGAUCCAGCUGCUUCUGUUAUCAGUCCAGUUCCCUCUGUUGCCCAUCAUCCAAAUAUUAUUAAGUUAACAGGGAUCUCCAUAUGUGCAGGGAUUUUAUCUACCCUCACUCUUGUAUGUCUGAUACUGUUUAUUAAGAGGUGGAGGACAAGACAUUUCAACAAAGAACUUAAGUGCGGUAAAGGUGCAAUUCGGGAAUACCUGCCAAAAACGAGCAUUACUCAAUCCAUCUCCUACAAUGUAAUCAAAGAGAACAGUAAUAAUGAUUACACGAAUGCAUCUUCCUAUAACGUAAUAGCUCCUGAGGUCCAGGAUGCCCCUCUGAAAACCGUGCUGAACAACCUGGAUGUUCUCGAGGAGCUUGUGUUGGUGUUGGACCCAGACAUCGCUGGUGCUAAGAACACGCGUCACCUUGCUGCCCAGUGCUCCUUUUCCUUUGCCUGGAUCAACUAUGCUUAUUCCAUGAAGGACCACAAAAGCCCCUUAAUUGCUGUUUUGGAGGGUGUCGUCACAAAGAACCCAGACUGGACUGUUGGUCACCUUGCUGGGCUGCUAAACAGCAUUGAUCGCAAUGACGCAGUGGAUAUUUUAGCAAAGCUCCCUGCAAAAGUGGAAGACUGAUUUAAUUCUGUACAAUUUAAGAAAAUAUACUCCUCUAAAUAGCAUAUUUCCUAGUUAACUUCAGUAUGUUUUGACAGUUUUUAAAGCACAGGAUGAUCAAUACAUACAGUGAACCUAUAAACAUGUUUUGGUUAGACGACAAAAAAAAAAAAAAAAAAAAAAGGGGGUAUUUCAGUCUGCAAUGUUGUGUAAUUGCUAACAGAUGUGUGGCUGGAGUCAAUGCAGUAAAGACAAA